AUGGAACAACAAGCCUUAUCGUUUAAAAUCCUAUCCAUACUUCGCCCUCCUUGCUUGUUACAUGCAGAUGAUGCUUGGGAGCCAAUCGUGAGCGCUUGCCAACAGAAUUACGACUCCUCCUUAUCAUUUGAACAGUUUAUUCUUUCGGCUUUACCAGCUUUUCUGUUUUCAAUUCUCGCAGGAUUCCGGACAUGGUCACUCAUCCGUAGGGAACGGAGAGUCGAGUAUGGUGCAGCCUUGGCAGCAAAGCAGAUUCUGGUCUUUGCAUUAUGGGUGACACAUCUAAUUCUGUUGGUCCUCUGGUCGCGCGAGUCCUCCAUUAGAACACGAGUGUCACUCCCAAUGACCGCUGUUUAUCUUCUUGCCACCAUGGUAACAGCACCCCUAUCUUGGUUCGAGCACACGAAGACCAUCAAACCAUCUUUCCUGAUUUGUUCAUAUCUCAUCCUCUCAGUUCUUCUGGAUCUGAGCCAAGUUCGAACGUUGUGGACGAGACUCAACGACGACCGCGCACCCGUAGCCAUAUUUACCGCCUCGUGCGCCCUCCGAGCUAUUAUUCUACUAAUGGAAUCCCUACCAAAGAACCUGACACGAGAGGCCGACAUAUCUCGAAGCCCCGAGGAUAAAUGCGGCGUCAUCUCGCGAAGCCUUUUUCUCUGGAUGAUUCCAUUGCUGUACAAGGGAUAUAAACAAUCACUCGGAGUGAAUGAUCUCUAUGCCCCGCCCUUCGAUGCCGCUCCUGCGAAUUUGGAAGAGAAGCUUUGGCGCGGCUGGUCGAAUUCCAAUCCAGGUGCAAAAUACAGACUGCUAUCCGUUACUGCGAAAGCCCUCCUGCCACGAUUACUCGCUCCAAUCAUUCCAAGGCUCUGCGUUGUGGGCUUCAUGGUCGCCCAACCAAUACUUCUAUCACACCUUAUUCGAUUCCUUAGCGACAGCGGCGACUCCCGAAACGAUGGAUACAAUUUGCUAGCCGCUUACGCCCUCGUGUACAUUGGUCUCGCUGUUGCAAAUGCGUGGUACUUUCAUCAAACGUUCAAGUUCAUCACCUGCGUCCGCGGAGGUCUGGUGGCCCUAGUCUAUGACCGCACCAUGAGUUUGAGUUCCUCUACCAUCGAUAAAUCGUCGGCCGUGACGGUCAUGAGCGCCGAUAUUGAGCGAAUCACAAUCGGGCUCAAGAAUAUACAUGACCUCUGGGCUAAUGUAAUCCAAGUCACCUUUGCUGCAUGGUUGCUGGAAAGACAGACUGGCGUUGCCAUCAUCCUACCGUUGCUAGUUGCUGCCUCGUGUGGCUACGGGACCUUGAAGAUCAGUGCUGCCGCGGGUGGGCAACAGGCUAAUUGGCUAAAGCGUAUCGAGAAGCGUGUUGAUGUUACCAGCCGAACACUGUCGUCUAUGAGAGGCAUUAAGGUUUCUGGCUUUACAAACACAUUGAUAGAUGUCAUACAGAGCUUGAGAGGUGCAGAGCUAGAGGCAGCUUCCAAGUUUCGAUGGUGGCAGGUCGGUGCACUGGUCAUGGGAUUUUUCCCUGUUAUGAUCAGCCCUGUUCUUACUCUUGCCGUCUUCAUUUUUGCGGCCGAUAAAACCUCACAGCCUUUAGAUGCCUCGAGAAUGUUUGUGUCAUUGUCAACUUUGACAAUAAUGUCUCAGCCAUUGAGCGUGCUCUUCCAAUCAGGUCCCAUGAUAUCGUCUAUGAUUGCCUGCUUCGAUCGCAUUGGACGGUUCAUCGAAAGCCAAGAAGGUCCCGAUAUUCGCGAUUCCCUACAGAGAGCAACUGGGGAAGAUGCGGAUGGCGAUGUCAAAAUCUGGAAUGGAAGUUUUGGUUGGAGUGUUGACUCGGCUUCAGUUCUCGAGGAUAUAAAUGUAACAUUCCCUCGUGGAAAGCUCACCAUGAUCAUUGGGCCUGUGGGAUGCGGAAAAUCCACCCUCUUGAAAGGCCUGCUCGGAGAAGUUACAUAUGCUAAUGGUGCCAUUAUGCUUCCACCCAAUAGUCUCGGAUUUUGUGACCAAAACCCGUGGAUCGUGAAUGGCACUGUUGAAGAGAAUAUCACCAUGUUUUCGGGCAACGACAACGAGCACUAUGACACCGUGUUGGAGGCUUGCGCUUUGCUCGAUGACUUGAAGCAGCUUUCGCAUGGCGAUCAGUCCAAAGUCGGCAGUAAAGGGAUUGCCUUGAGUGGCGGCCAGAAGCAACGAGUAUCCCUUGCACGCACCCUCUUCGCUCGGCGCAAUAUCAAUCUAUUUGAUGAUAUUCUUAUCGGACUCGACAGCACCACUGAAUCACACGUCUUUGCUGCUGUCUUUGGGCCAACAGGUCUUCUCAGGCGAAAUAAAUGCACUACUAUUCUUGCAACACACUCGGUUCACUUUCUUCCAUAUGCUGAUCAUAUUAUCUACAUUGGAUCCAAAGGAAAUAUUAUUCAGCAAGGGUCAUUCACAGAGCUCAGUGCAAUUGACGGAUACGUCAGCAGCCUAGGGAUAAAAAAUAACCAGAACUUGCUCGGGUAUAUCAAUCCCAAGGCGAGCAACAUAGUAACCGAAAACAAUAGCAAGACAAAGACGCCAGAGCCUGAUGAACAAGAUAAAUCGCAAAAGCCUCGAGGUGUCUACCGAUAUUACUUUAAAUCGAUAGGGUAUGGAAUGUCGCUCCUCUAUCUCGUCCUUGCUACUAUCUAUGCCUUCCUUUUCACCUUUCCCUACCUAUGGGCCAAAUGGUGGACUGAUGCCAAUUCUCGAGACCCUUGGCACUACACAGGGUUCUACAUGGGGGGCUACGGUCUGCUACAGAUCUCGUGUCUGAUCUCUCUUGUCAUCUUCGCAAGACACGCAGUCAUCACAAUCGUGAAUACGUCGGGGCUCAGCCUACACCAGAAACUCAUUUCGACGGCGCUUCAUGCACCACUAUCUUUCUUUGAAAAGACCGACACAGGUAUCACACUCAACCGGUUCAGUCAAGACUUGCAGAUGGUGGAUAAUGAACUCCCUCUAGCUGGACUGAACAUUGCAUGCAGCGGACUCAUUCUCAUCGGCCGAAUGCUGCUCAUUAUGAACACCUCGCAUUGGUUAGCACUCUCCUUCCCUUUGAUCAUCUUGGCUCUGGGAGUGCUUCAGAGUGUAUACAUGAGCACCUCACGGCAAUUGAGGCACCUCGAUCUUGAGACCAAGUCUCCCCUGUAUUCGCAAUUUGUCGAAUCGUUGGAUGGGCUGGCUUCUAUUCGCGCUUUUGGAUGGCAAGGACCUUUCAAAGAGCUUCUGUAUCGUAAUCUCGAUCGUUCCCAGAGACCAUUCUAUCUCCUCCUCGUCCUUCAACGAUGGCUUUCAGUUUCGUUGGAUUGCCUGACAGCAGCAUUUGUCAUCCUCCUCGGCGCUGUAAUGAUCACCAUGCGAGAUCAAAUCAGCCCAGGAUUUGCAGGCGUCGCCUUGGCUAACCUGAUCGGUCUCAGCGGUUCCAUGAGCACUGUUGUUGAGACGUGGACGCAGAUGGAGACAUCGAUGACUUCUAUCCAGCGAAUUCGAGACUUUGAGCGCGACGUCCCCUGGGAGACUCGCGGGUACAGCCAGACGACUGCGCCCCCGGAAUGGCCAAGUCGAGGUGCUGUUGAGAUUCAAAACUUGACCGCGACGUAUAAAGAUGGCACAGUCACGGCUUUGAAAAACAUCACAAUGAGUAUCAAGCCCGGUGAGAAGAUUGGCAUCUGCGGCCGCACAGGUAGUGGCAAAACAUCCUUCACUCUCGCCCUCUUCCGGAUGAUUGAUGUCGAGAAGGGUUCCAUCUCGGUUGACGGUCUCGAUGUUGCAUCCAUUGAGCCCAGCACAGUACGGAGCGGUCUCAAUGGGAUCCCACAUGAGCCUUACUUCAUGCCGGGAACUGUCAGAUUCACUGCGGACCAUCGUGGCACCAGUUCUGAUGAGGAAAUUAUGCGAGCUCUUACUUCAGUCCGCAUGGACAAGGCUAUCAGGACUAAGGGAGGGCUUGACGCUGAGAUGGAAGAUGGGUUGUUUUCCCAAGGCGAAAAGCAGCUUUUCUGUCUUGCUCGAUCUAUUCUGAAACGCAGCAAGGUCAUCGUACUAGAUGAAGCUACAAGCAACAUCGACAUCAAUACUGAAAAUUUGAUCAAGAAGGUGAUAGACGAAGAGUUCAGAGAUUUUACCGUAAUCACAGUUGCUCAUCGACUGUCAACAAUCCUCAAUAACGACCGUGUUGCUGUUUUAGAGGCAGGCGAGCUGGUGGAAUUUGAUACUCCCGAGGCUUUGCUCAAUCGAGAAUCUCGUUUCAAAAAAUUGCGAGACGCAUAG